UCCAUUUUUGGCGGCAAUGAAUGCUAUUCUACUUUCCGUUUCUUCUUCCCGAUCCAACGACUCCCAACGACUUCAAGUCCCCUUCUUACUGUCGAAUUUCUAUGGAGAAAGCUGCUUCAUCUAAUCACCUCAACUCCUGUAUUCCUCGUGACCCAUCCGUCGGCAAGAGAAAGAGAACAGAUUCUAUCAGCUCUCGUGUUCGUGGAGUUGCAUACACCUCCGUCGAAAGACCAGUUUCUGCCUCUACCCCUUCUGUACUUCCUCCUUCGUGGUCUUCUGCUUCUUCCCGUAAAUUUUCGUCUUCCUUGUGUACCUCUGAUUACUUGACAAACUCAAAUUCUCCGGAUCCAAUCAGACAAAUUCAAACCCCGGUCAUAAAAACGGCUGGAUGGCGGAACUGGGAUACAUUUGUAGAAGAUUUUAUUGGAAUGUACUUGGAAGUUGGUGAUUUUCGAUCAGCUUCGUUGGUUUUCUUGGUGGGUUCUGACCGAAGCUCCAUUACAUGGAGCUAUAUGGUGGAAGAAUUCCACAGAGCAGGGGCUAAACCACAUGAACUUCUUCAGGCUUUCGCGGAUUUGCAUUCUAAAGGAGUUAUAUUUAGCACCAGAGCUCUCACUGCAGUUCUAAGGAUCUGUGCAAUUUUGAUGGAUUCAUGGUUGGGAGUUGAGAUCCACGCAUGCCUGAUCAAGUGGGGUUUUGAUUCUGAUGCCCAUUUAAGGAGUGCCCUCAUGAAUUUUUAUGCGAGCAGUUGGGGUGUAGACUAUGCAGAAGAAGUCUUCCACGAAAUGCCCGAUCAAGAUGUUCUCGUGUGGAGUGAGGCAAUAGCAGUAAGCGCACGGAGUGGGUUGCUAGUGAAAACUCUCCAACUGUUCCGAGAGAUGCAAUUUUCGUGUGUAAAAGCUAACAGUUUUACGAUUGUCAAGGUUUUGCAAGCCUGUGGAAACUUGGAAGCUCUCAAAGAAGGACAACAAAUCCAUGGACAUGUUAUUCGAUCUGGCCUGGAAUCGAAUUUGUCAUUAUGUAACUCCCUUAUAAGCAUGUACUCCAAGAACUCCGAACUCGAACGAGCAAGAAAGGUUUUUGAUUUUAUGCAAGAUCCUAAUUUGACCUCUUGGAACUCAAUCAUCUCGGGUUAUGCUUUAACUGGUCACCUUGAUGAAGCGUGGCAGCUAUUCCAGCAAAUGCGAUCAUCGGAGAAGCGACCAGAUUUGGUGACUUGGAAUUGCUUAUUGUCAGGGCAUGUCCUUCAUGGGUCCUACAACACAUUGCUCGUAAUUUUGCGGAGAAUGCAAAUGGAAGGUUUCAAGCCAAAUUCAACUACCAUAACAAUUCUCCUCCAGGCAAUUAGCGAAAUGGGGUCGCUUGAUUUGGGGAAAGAAAUCCAUGGGUAUGCGUUAAGGAAUGCAGUCGAGCAUGAUAUAUAUGUGGGAACUUCCGUUAUAGACAUGUACAUAAAGAACGGUAGCCUAAUUAAUGCUAGGUCAGUGUUUGAUACAAUGAAGAAAAGAAACAUUUUUGCCUGGAAUUCAUUAAUUUCAGGUUAUUCCUUUAUGGGGCGUUUUCAAGAAGCUCUGGAGUUAUUGAAGAGGAUGGAAACAGAAGGAAUCAAACCAGAUUUAGUGACAUGGAAUGGUCUGAUUUCCGGGUAUGCAGUGCAGGGACGUAGUAAGGAAGCUUGGGCCGUCAUCCGUCAAAUCAGCGCUUUGGGAGUGAAGCCUAAUGUGGUUUCCUGGACGGCUCUUAUCUCAGGCUGUUCUAAGAAUGGGAACUACAGAGACUCGCUUAACUUCUUCAUCCAAAUGCAGCGCGAGGGCAUUAAACCAAACUCAGCCACCGUAUCUAACAUCCUUCAGUCCUGUGCCGCCCUGUCUUUAUUACAAAGUGGCCAGGAGAUGCACUGUCUCGCAGUCAGAAAGGGUUUCGAUGAGGAUAUAUUUGUAGCUACAGCCCUUAUUGAUAUGUAUAGUAAGGCAGAUAGUUUGGAGUAUGCCUAUAGGGUUUUCCUAAAGAUUCAGAACAAAAAUGUAGCCUGCUGGAAUUCUAUGAUUAUGGGGUUUUCCAUUCACGGCCUUGGCAAGGAAGGUGUUCUUCUUUUCACUGAAAUGUGUGAAGCGGGUGUUCAGCCAGAUAGUAUAACCUUCACAGCCGUUCUCUCUGCCUGCAAAAAUUCAGGUUUAAUUGAUGAAGGGUGGAAGUACUUUGAUAGCAUGAGCAAGGAUUACAAUAUAAUCCCUACACUUGAACAUUACUCAUGCAUGGUUGAUCUCCUUGGCCGAUCUGGGUAUUUGGAUGAAGCUUGGGAUUUUAUACAGUCAAUGCCAUUAGAACCAGAUGCUAGCAUUUGGGGUGCCUUACUUGGAUCAUGUAGGAUCCAUAAGAACAUUGAAUAUGCAGAGAUUGCAGCAAAGCAUCUUUUCAAGUUAGAACCAUUGAAUUCUGCAAAUUAUUUGUUGAUGAUAAGUCUAUAUGCCACUGCAAAUAGAUGGGAAGAGGUAGAGCAUCUUAGAGAUUUGAUGGGUGUUGUAAGAGUGAACAGCAGGGCCGGAUGGAGCUGGAUAAAAAUUAAUCAGAGAAUCCAUGUUUUCUCCACUGAAGGGAAUUCUCACCCAGAUAUAGGAGAGAUAUACUUUGAACUGUAUCAGUUGGUCUCUGAAAUGAAAAAAUUGGGAUAUGUUCCUGAUACCAGCUGUGUGUUUCAGAAUAUUGAUGAGGAGGACAAAGAGAAAAUUUUGAUGAGUCACACAGAGAAGUUAGCAAUGACCUAUGGAUUGCUAAGAAUGGAUAAUGCUCGGCCAAUCAGAGUGAUAAAGAACACUAGAGUGUGUGCCGACUGUCAUACAGCAGCUAAAUACAUGUCUCAGAUAAGUAGAAGAGAAAUUUUCCUCAGAGAUGGUGUUCGUUUUCAUCGAUUUAUGAAUGGCAAGUGUUCUUGCAAUGAUUUCUGGUAAUGAAGUGUAUAAUGAGGUUGCAAGUGCUCUACCACCUCAAUUGCAAUUUUGCUCCUUUUAAUCAUUUUAUGGAUGGAAAUUUUCCUGCAAUAAUAGUUGGUGUUUAUGUUAGCCACUAAUGUUCAGUAUUUCAAUCCUGCAACAAAGUGUAGCUCAACCGCAACCACAGUGGAUAAGCAAAAAGGAUGCUGCCAGAGGAAUGUGCUAUCUGGUCGAAGAUGAAUAUCUCCAGUUAAUGGUUCAAAAAAUUUAAGUACAUGCUGCAAACAAAGACCAAUAUUGAAGGAAAAAGAUGUAAGCAAUGCUAAAAUGCAUGCUAUGGGAUUCAAGAAAUUAAAUAUCCUAUCUGAUACAGUGUUUAUGCUUUACAUGGGCUGGACUACUGACCUUCACAUGGAGAGGUUGCUAGAUUGGUGUUAGAAAGCGUUAAUCUUAACGAAAUUAUGAAAUUAUUGAAGUUAUAGCAGAAAUAUAAAAUGGAGAUUAUGGAAAAGUAACUGGCUUAUCCAGAUGGGUUAAAAGUAUUCAUACAACAGUAUGUUAAGAAUUUGAUCAGGCGUAAGAGGUCUAUAGUUGUAAAAGUUAUGGCAGAAAGGACAGGUCCUUUUUUGAACUCCUUUAACCUCUGUCUUGUAAAUCUGUUUUCUUUGAUUCGGUUGUAAUCUGCUUUUGUAUAU